AUGGCUGGCGCCGGCAGAGUGGGACCCAGGAAACACGUGAGGUUGGAGAGCCUGGAGGACUGCCGCGUGCUGGAAAACCCCGGCAGCGACUCCAUGUCGGACACCCACGGGUGCCCGGCCUACGUGAGCCCGGAGAUCCUGAGCGGCGCGGCGCCGUACUCCGGCAAGAUGGCCGACAUGUGGAGCCUGGGCGUGAUGCUGUACACCAUGCUGGCGGGCCGCUACCCGUUCCACGACCCGGACCCGGCCGCGCUCUUCUCCAAGAUCCGGCGGGGCCAGUGCUGCCUGCCGGAGGGCCUGUCCCCGGGGGCCCGCUGCCUGCUCCAGAGCCUGCUGAGGAAGGAGCCCCCGGAGAGACUGACCGCCGCCGAGCUGCUCGCCCACCCCUGGUUCCGCCCGCCGCCGCCCGUCUCCCGGGAAACGGCGCCGGGCGAACAGGAAGCGAGCUCCCCGGAACAGACGGUGCCCUCCUUCGACGCGGAGGAGGAGGACGACGAGGACCCGUUCUGCUGA